AUGCCCCGCAGCAGCCGCCGCAACCCGGAGCCGGAUGUCGUCGACCACGGCAGCGACGACGACGGCAACGUCGACGGUAAGCGCGCGAUCAACCAGCACCUGGUCUCUUCCCUUUCCCUCGGCUUGAUCGAUCUGCUCGUUGCGGUGGUCGUGCAUGGGCCGUGGGCGUCCCCGCGCGUCAUCUUCUUCUUGUUCCAAAACAAGUGCUCUCAAACAAGCACGGGCCAGGAAGCAAAGACAUCGUGGAGCUUGAAGAAUGCAUCACCCUCCUUUCACCUCCCCCCAAACAAAAGGUCUAGCAGAAGGCACAAAACAAGUAAAGACAAGUUGGACACUGAAAUUUUUGAAAUGUGCAUGGAGGACGUUUGGACAUGCAUAGAUCCGGAAAAGAUGACCGAUUAUGCAUAUUUUGAUUCAUUGUGGUUUAAUAUCUACACAAAUGAGAAUGAUAAAUCGAAUGUCCUCAGAUGGAUAAAAGCUAAGAAAAUAUUCACAAGACGUUAUGUAUUUGUCCCUAUAGUUGGUUGGGGUCACUGGAGCGUCCUUGUGUUGUGCAAUUUUGGCGAGACAAAGUACUUGGGUACUGAAAAGGGACCACGUAUGCUGCUACUUGAUUCUCUUAAAACCAAAAGGCCGACGAGACUGCGAACAGCCAUCAACAGAUUUGUUGUUGAUAUUUUAAAAAACGAAGAGCGGGAAGAGAUAGAGCAGUUCAUAAACGAAGUUGAGCUUGAGUUUCCUGAGGUACCACAGCAAAGUGGGGAUGAAUGUGGUAUAUAUGUUCUUUACUUUAUCUACUGUUUUCUCGUAAUCGAAGAAAUGGGUGAAGAUUUGAGCAAGCUGGUGCUAAAGUUUUUCUUCAUCUGGCUAUUUCGUUUUAAGGAUGCCUUGUUUGAUCCGGAGGAGCUAAAGAACCUAGAAGACAUCCGCAAUGAUAUCCAUGCGUACCGAGAGAAAAGGGAUGCCAAAAUUGCAGAGUAG